UAUGGCGUCACUGAAAAAGUGUAGGAGUCGAGAAACUUCACCCAUGUAAACAACGUCAAGAAGAAAAGCUGUGUGACAAGCUGCGGAUAGCAAUACGUACAGCAGUACAUAGAUAUAUUAACCAGCUCACUAACUAUGCCCCGGAAAAAGCCAUUUAGCAACAAGCAGAAGAAGAAACAACUACAAGUCAAACGGGAUAGAAAGAGAGGUGAACCGGGUUCAGGGCCGAGCAGCCGCAAUGCCAGUGUGGAGCGAGGAGCAGGGAGACAGUCGGACACCUCAGACAGUGAGACCACCGAUGUUAGGAGAAUAAAUCAGCAGCCCUCCGCCAGAGAAGGUAGAUAUGACCCCAACAGGUUUCGACUGCAUUUUGAGAGAGAGAGUAAAGAGGAUGUGGAAAAGGGGAAGAAGUUGGCCAUGGAGAAGGUGCUGCAGCCAAUCUCGGAAAAAGAGCUUGAGAUCAACAUCAAUGACAUCUACCCCUCAGAGAAAGGUCUUGGUUUCCCACAUCGGCCGUCCUGGAGUUAUGAGAUGACACGAGAGAACCUGCUUCGGAAAGAGGAGAAGUCAUACAGAGACUACCUGGACGACAUGCACGCCAAAAACCCAGCUGGCUCUCUCAGCCACUUUGAGCACAAUCUGGAGACGUGGAGGCAGCUUUGGAGAGUGUUGGAGAUGUCCGACAUCAUCCUGCUCAUCGUGGACAUGAGGCACCCGGUGCUGCAGUUCCCUCCGACCCUAUACCACUACAUCACAGGAGAUCUCCAGAAGCAGGUGAUCCUGGUGUUGAACAAAACCGACCUGUGUCCUCCUCCGCUGGUGAUCGCCUGGAAACACUACCUGACCUCCCAGUUCCCCCACCUGCACAUAGUCUGCUUCACCUCCCACCCUGGACAGCCCUACAGCACAGUGCUCCAGAAGAGGAGGAUGAGGAAGAAGGCUGACUGGAGUCACGCUGGAGGUCCUAUAGAUAUCCUGAAAGCCUGUCAGCAGAUCACAGCAGGGAGAGUUGACCUAUCCAGCUGGGAGCAGAAAAUUAAGAGAGAUGCUGUUGCUGAGCGACUGGAUGGGGAGCGGCCUGAUGAAGGAGCCGAGUCGGUGCUGAUGGAGCAUCAGAGUGACAGAGCGAUGGACAUGGGCAGCCCCUCCCAGGAGCUGUACAAAGACGGGGUUCUCACACUGGGCUGCAUAGGCUUUCCAAAUGUUGGUAAGUCUUCUGUUCUAAACAGCCUGGUGGCGAGGAAGGUAGUGAGCGUGUCCCGAACCCCCGGCCACACCAAAUACUUCCAGACCUACUACCUCACCCCGACAGUCAAACUCUGUGACUGCCCUGGGCUGGUGUUUCCCUCCCUCGUGAAUAAACAGUUGCAGAUUCUGGCAGGCAUCUACCCAGUGUCUCAGCUGCAGGAGCCCUACAGCUCAGUUGGUUAUUUGUGCGCGAGGACCCCUUUCCUCUCUGUGCUGAAACUCAAACAUCCCAGUUUAAUGGACAUCAAACCCCAUCAGAGAAACGAGGAGUCCAGAGAGCUCGUCUGGACUGCCUGGGAUGUGUGUGAUGCAUGGGCGGAGAGGAGAGGCUAUAAGACAGCAAAAGCAGCUCGCAACGACGUUUACCGUGCAGCUAACAGUCUCCUGCGGUUGGCAAUCGAUGGCAGAUUGUGCCUCUGCCUAAGACCACCUGGUUACAGCUGCUUGAGGGAGCAGUGGGAAAAUCACCCAGACUUGCCAGAGAUCGUGGCUCUGCAAGGGAGGGCGACAGAGGAGGACGGAGCGGGGGACGACGAUGACGACGGAGAGUCCAGCACCGAACCAGAGGAAGAGAGAGACCGGGACGCAGACGAUGAUGAGGAUGGAGAUGAUGAAGACGAGAGUUUAGGACAUCCAAGACAGAAGGAAGAUAAGCCGUCUGGUUUCACUGUCAACAUGUACAAUGUCCUUCGUGAAAAUGAGUGCGAGUGAUAAUGGAGGGAGAGACGAGCAGGUUGUUCCUCUUCCCUGACUCCUCCCCGUUUAUCCCCGUGCAUUUUUCAUUCCUUUUUUCCCCCUAAAUCCCUAAAAAAAAAAAAAAAAAAAAAACUUUUUUUUUUUUUUUUUCUUGCAUCUCCACUCCUCAUGUCAUUACCGUCUCUGUACAUUGACAUGAUCUAUUCUAACUAAUUCGCCCUGUUUCCCUCUCCCUAUAAUAUUCAGAGCAUAUUCAUGUUUCCAUGCUGUGCCUCUGCUCUGCUUGUUCAUCCAUGAAGCUUGUUCUUUCGUGUUUCUUCUAGGAAUCAGUUUGGUUUGGUUUCUUUUUUCUUUUUUUGCAUGUAGCUCUCAGAAGCAAGUGAACAAAGUAACUUCCCUCAGUCUGGAAUAAUCAACCGACUGGUUUUCAAUCUCUUUAUUUACAAGUGGCUUUACAGCUGAGAUGCCAAAGUUCAAGAAAGGAUGAUGGAACAAAUCGGAUGCACUGUCGAUAUGAUGUCAUUCACUGGAUCAGCCAUUUGGCUCUCGGAGCAGCUGGAGAGUUAGGACCUUGACUCUAAAUCUUCUUUAUCGACCAUAGUUUGUCACAACUUUGGUUAAAGGGUGCGGGGGGGGGGGUUACCAGUAUUACGGCUCUCUUAGAAGUUAAUUUAUCUGAACUUGGUUUUGAUUUAGAUAAUACUGUAUCAGAGAGAUAUUUUAUUUGGUGUGGUUCUACACAGUCAGCUGGAAAUUUCAAAACAUGUUAGGUGUGAGGGGGGGAAACUUAACUCGUAGUGUUUUAACUACUACAGAUAUUAUCCUUAGAUGCUCAUGGAGACAUGGAGAUUUACAGGAUUUUAGGUACACUCAUUCAGCAAUAUUAUCUGUUGGCGGUUGUACAGUGGGUUUGAUCAAACCGAGACUGCUUAACAAUCAAUGACAGGAAUAGUUGGGACAUUUUGGGAGAUCCCCAUUCUUCCCGAGAGUUGGAUGACAAGAUGGACGCCACUCUUGUAUCCGUCCGGUAAAUAUGAAGUUAUGGACAAAAGCUUAGCUCAGCACAAAGACUGGAAACAGGAGGAACCAGCUAGCUCAUCGAUGUCCAAAGGCAGAAAAACCCGCCUACCAGGGCCGCUAAAGAUCACGAAUUACCAUUUUAUUAUCUUAUUUGUUUAAGCUGUACAAAAAAAGCGUAAAAUGACACGUGGUUUUAAAACUCCAGAAAGCCCUGGCCAAGAAAUAGUCCAGUGCAGACCGCCUAGAAAACCUCAGUGUGAUUUUAUAUACAUUAAAAUAACAAGAUAUAACGUGUUAAUUAGUGAGUAAAGUGUGCUUCUGUAUUUACCAUGCAGAUAUGAGUCGUGUGGA